GGCUUCCCCGCUGGAAACGUUGGUGAUCGAGCGAGCUGUGCUGCCUCCAGCUCUGCGCCGCCCGCUGCCCCUCCCGCAGUCCCGCGGCUUUCGAGGGAGCGCUGCGGAGACUCGGGGCCGCCGGGGAAACCUGUGACCCCGCGCAGGAGCGGCGGGGCGGGGGACCGGGAGAAGAUGGCGACGCCGGGAAGCGAACCCCAAGCUUUCGCGCCCGCCCUCUCGGUAACCGCCCUGCACCCGCAUAUCCACCAGCACCACCAGCACCACGGAAGCACGGGCGGCGCGGGCUUCAACCUGCCCUUGAACCGUGGUUUGGAGCGCGCGCUAGAGGAGGCAGCCAACUCUGGGGGCUUGAACCUGAGCGCCAGGAAGCUGAAGGAGUUUCCCAGGACUGCGGCCCCGGGACAUGACCUCUCGGACACGGUUCAGGCAGAUCUAUCUAAAAACAGACUGGUGGAAGUGCCAAUGGAGCUGUGCCAUUUCGUAUCACUGGAAAUUCUUAACCUGUAUCACAACUGUAUCAGAGUCAUUCCCGAGGCCAUUGUUAAUUUGCAGAUGUUGACCCACCUGAACUUGAGUCGAAAUCAGCUGUCUGCCCUGCCCGCCUGCCUGUGUGGUCUGCCUCUCAAAGUCUUAAUCGCAAGCAACAACAAGCUUGGAUCCCUGCCUGAAGAGAUAGGUCAGCUCAAACAGUUAAUGGAGUUGGAUGUCAGCUGCAAUGAGAUCACAGCCUUGCCCCAGCAGAUAGGCCAGCUGAAGUCUCUCCGGGAACUGAAUGUCCGAAGAAAUUACCUUAAGGUUUUACCACCAGAGCUAGUAGAUCUCCCCUUGGUAAAGUUCGACUUUUCCUGCAACAAAGUGCUGGUGAUCCCCGUCUGCUUUCGGGAGAUGAAGCAGCUGCAAGUGCUCCUCCUUGAGAACAACCCCCUGCAGUCCCCUCCAGCUCAGAUUUGCACGAAAGGAAAAGUGCACAUAUUUAAGUAUCUGAGCAUACAGGCAUGCCAGAUAAAGACAGCCGACUCCCUUUACCUCCACUCCAUAGAGAGGCCCCAUUUACACCAGCACGUGGAAGACAGUAAGAAGGACUCCGAUUCGGGGGUUGGAAGCGAUAAUGGAGAUAAGCGGUUAUCUGCCACUGAGCCCUCUGAUGAGGACACGGUUAGCCUCAACGUGCCCAUGUCGAACAUCGCAGAGGAAGACCAGACCACCAAGGAGGAUGUGUGCCAUCGACUCGCCCCCGCUGAAGGAGACUUUCAGCCGACACCUUCCCUUUUGGGUGACAGUGGCAGCUCAGGACAAGAAAGAGAGCAGUUUGCUGGCCGUGCAGAUGUUCUACACUGCGAACUUAUGAACUAUAUUAAGGACCAGGCAGAAGACUGUGAAGAGCUAUUGCGGAUAGAAGAGGAUGCUCACUGGCAGACGGAAGAACUACUAAAUUCAUCCAAAGACCAGGAUUUGGAUAUAGUGAUGAUCGAGCAGCUGAGAGAGGCAGAAGAUUUGCUGCAGGGUCCCAACGGUCUAACCACAGACAUUACAGAGAGAAGUAUUUUGAAUCUGUACCCCAUGUGCUCAGCAGAAGUCUUAGAAUUCCCUGAUUCUUCACUCAAUGGUCAGUUGCAGCUCGAGAGGUCUCCAGAGCGUGAGGUGCAAAAUGAUGUUACGUUACAGAGUAAUGGAAGCCACUGUUCUCCAAAUGAGAUAAGAGAGGACUCCCCUUCAGGGUCUCCCACCGCAAACAUCACAGCUCCAUUUGGCCUGAAGCCUCGUUCAGGUUCCUGGUACCCUGAUGAGGUAAAGGGCAGCCUGAAGGCAGAGUCCUCCCCAAGACGACCCCAGUUGCUUUCCAAACAUGUGUUUCUAAGACCUCAGAGAAACUUGGAAUCUAUAGACCCGCAGUUUACGAUCCGGAGGAAAAUGGAGCAGAUGAGAGAAGAGAAAGAGCUGGUGGAGCAGCUCCGUGAGAGCAUCGAGAUGAGGCUGAAGGUGACCCUGCAUGAAGACCUGGGGGCAGCACUCAUGGAUGGUGUAGUGCUCUGCCACCUGGCCAACCACGUCCGACCGAGAUCUGUCGCCAGCAUCCACGUCCCCUCACCUGCCGUUCCCAAACUCAGCAUGGCCAAAUGCCGGAGGAAUGUGGAAAACUUCCUGGAAGCAUGCAGAAAACUUGGCGUUCCCGAGGAAAAGCUCUGUCUGCCUCAUCACAUCCUUGAAGAGAAAGGCCUGGUCAAAGUGGGCAUGACUGUUCAAGCGCUGUUGGACGUCACCGUCACAAAAGCUCUGUUCACAUGAGACCAAGCCCUUUUCUCUGGCUGGGCUCAGUCUGUUCCCAGAGCAGGGACUCUGGGCUCUGGUCCCCUCACCUCUACCUGAUCCCCCGCUCACCUCCUGCCAGGCCCCAGAGGAGCUACGUUGACGUGGUUUCAGCCUGACGGAGGAUUUAGGACCUUUUA